GCGCUUAAGAGUGACGACAUCAGAGCGCGCCGCCACUGCUGCCGCCGCCGCCAUGAACAGCGUAGGGGAGGCCUGCACUGACAUGAAGCGCGAGUACGACCAGUGCUUUAAUCGCUGGUUUGCCGAGAAGUUCCUCAAGGGGGACGGCUCCGGGGACCCGUGCACCGACCUCUUCAAGCGCUACCAGCAGUGUGUUCAGAAAGCAAUAAAGGAGAAGGAGAUCCCCAUUGAAGGACUGGAAUUCAUGGGCCAUGGCAAAGAAAAGCCUGAAAGCUCUUCUUGACCUUGACAGUCUCCUUGAAAAUGGACUCCUCGAAUCAGGAAAUAGAGGACACUGGAUUUCGUCAGUUAAGGCUGUUAAAAUAGCCAUCGAUUUGAUGAGUUUAGGAGGGAGUUUUCUUUCCUCCUUAAUUUCCUCUCAAUUGUGUAAGAGGAUGAACCAUCACUCUUUGCUUUGAGAGGAUUUCUUACUCUGGCAUCUUGCAGGAACUCCAUGUGCUAAAACUGAAUGAUUUCUUAGGAUUAUGAUCUGGGAUAAGCUUUAAGUAUCCUUUGUAUGUGAACACUGAUAGACUUGUCAGGAUGAUCAGGGUUGCCUAACCUCUUAAGUUUUGCUCUGAAGGACAUGAGGUACAUUGUACUGGGAUUAUUCAUGGAAGCGAUUGGUUAGGAUCUCUUCUCUCAGGGAGCUAAUGCUCUGAAAAAGGGAUCCCAGCACAAGUUUUAAUCAAUGCUUGGGAGCAUGGCUUUAUUUCUAUAGAACUGUUAAGAUUGCUGGUGGACUGGGUUAGCCAACAGGAAAACAGCUUUAACAGAGUUCCCUGCCUUAAAAAGAGGUGUCAGAUUUCAGAUUAAGAUGUGAAAGCUUGAAGAAUAUUGCAGUAAAAACCAUUUCAGAGCUCACAGUGUAGUUUAGGAAUUAAGAUUUCAUGGAGUAACUAUGGAGGAACAUCCUAAAUUGCAAAGAUCUGCUGUUGCCAGUUUUCAACCCAAGUCAAUUAAGCCAACCCGUAUUAUCUUAAAACUGCCAAAAUGCUGCAUCUGGUUAAAAGGUUAAAGUUUGCUUUAUUUGCCUCAUGUAUCCACCCUGCCCUGGAAUGUCUGUAAUCAUGAAGAUGGAAUAAAUUGUAACAUCUAGUUUCAUUAUUUGCCCCUGGAGAACUCAGUGCACUUUAUGGAACAGCUAUUACACUGUAACCCCACAUAUCUCAUAUGCACACUAAGGGAGAGUUUUGUUUUAUAACUUAAAGGUGAAAAGUGAAGAUUUAUCUAAGUGAAAUAGUGUGCUAUAACAAUUAGAAAUCUCACUGAUUUCUGAAGUUUAUUCCCACAGUAAGCUACACAAAUAAUAUGCUUAUAUAACUGCACAAAAAAAAUGCCAGGAUCAGGUGAGCACUUACACACUUUGGAAUGUCAGGUAAUCACCAAAACUGCAUAUAUUGAGUAAUUUGGUUCACACAUAUAUACCCAAUAUAGUAUGAAACAGUUUACAGAAGGCAAAAAUUCUAUUAUCCUCUCCAAUUUACCAAUGACUACUUCAUAUUUAACAUGGCCAGUCCUUAAUGUCAUUUCAAGACAUUCUACAUUUAUAUUUUUGACUGGUUACAGUCCAUUAUACAAGGAUUAGAAGAGAUCAUUGGAACCCGGUUGAGGGAUGCCAGGCAGCAAGCCAAAGUUAAGUACAUCUGUUCUGACCUCAGACUGGCCACAAGUACAACAGUUCCAUAGUGACUUGGAAGCACAAGCACAGGCUGCGGUUAGAUCACAAAAUGGUAAAGACAGCAGGGAUCCUUUUUUUCCUUACUGUAAAUGGCUUUCAUGCCUUGUGUUUCCAUUUGCCUCACCUCUGCAGUACUAGUUUACUGUGUGUACUGUGCAAUACCAAAACCUGGUAGCCUCUUGCUCUUUACUACCCAACUGUCUGAUUGAGCCUCAAGAAUAAAACCAGCUCCAAGCCAACCAUGUUCUUCCACUGUAAUUGCUACUGAGGGAAUAUUUUUUUCUGAUUGUUCUUCAUUCUUUUUUGACUUCAUCCUCCCCAUAAAGUGACUCCAACUAUCUCAGCUACUUCAGAGAUUUUAAAUUUUGAGGAAGAAUGAAUGGCUCUUUAAGGGUGACUUUGUUACUAUUACUAUUGUUUCUCCUUAAUUCUUAGUGCUAUAAGGUUUUAAUUCCAGAAACAAAUAAAGCCAAUGGUAUAUGCA